UGCGGGCGCCGAGAGCCACGUGGGUGGAGCUGGAGCGCGGCUCGCAUGGGGGAGUCUAUCCCGCUGGCCGCCCCGGUCCCGGUGGAACAGGCGGUGCUGGAGACGUUCUUCUCUCACCUGGGCAUCUUCUCUUACGACAAGGCCAAGGACAAUGUGGAGAAGGAGCGAGAGGCCAACAAGAGCGCGGGGGGCAGCUGGCUGUCGCUGCUGGCGGCCUUGGCCCACCUGGCCGCGGCCGAGAAGGUCUAUCACAGCCUCACCUACCUGGGGCAGAAACUAGGGGGCCAGUCCUUCUUCAGCCGCAAGGACUCCAUCCGCACCAUCUACACGUCCCUGCAGAACGAGCUCAAGAAGGUGGUGGCGGGCCGCGGCGUGCCGGGCGGUGCCGCACCCCACCUGGAGGAACUCCUGUCCCACCUGUCCGAGCAGCUCUGCUUCUUCGUCCAGGCCCGCAUGGAGAUCGCAGACUUCUACGAGAAGAUGUACACCCUCAGCGCGCAGAAGUUCAUCAGCGCCGAGGAGCUCGUGGGCCUUCUGGAUGCCAUCCUCAAGAAGUACAGCUCCAGAUUUCACCAUCCCAUCCUGAGUCCUUUGGAAAGCAGUUUCCAGCUGGAGGUUGAUGUCCUGAGCCACCUCCUGAAGGCGCAGGCUCAGGUCUCCGAGUGGAAGUUCCUCCCGUCUCUGGUUAACUUGCACAGUGCUCACACCAAGCUGCAGACUUGGGGCCAGAUCUUCGAAAAGCAGCGGGAGACCAAGAAACAUCUGUUCGGAGGACAGUCCCAGAAGGCCGUGCAGCCCCCACACCUCUUCCUCUGGCUGAUGAAGCUAAAAAACAUGCUUCUGGCCAAAUUUAGCUUUUAUUUCCAUGAGGCACUGAGCCGGCAAACGACAGCCUCGGAAAUGAAAACCUUGACGGCAAAAGCCAACCCAGACCUUUUUGGAAAGAUUUCCAGCUUCAUCAGGAAGUAUGAUGCUGCCAACGUGUCCUUAAUCUUUGACAACAGAGGGUCCGAGAGCUUCCAGGGUCACGGCUACCACCACCCCCAUUCCUACCGAGAGGCCCCGAAGGGCGUGGACCAGUAUCCGGCCGUGGUGUCUCUGCCCAGUGACAGACCUGUCAUGCACUGGCCCAAUGUCAUCAUGAUCAUGACUGACCGCAUGUCCGAGCUGAACAGCCUGGAGAAAGUGGUCCACUUCUAUGACGACAAAGUCCAGAGCACCUACUUCCUGACCCGCCCAGAGCCGCACUUCACCAUUGUUGUCAUUUUUGAGUCAAAGAAAUCCGAGAGAGACUCCCACUUUAUCUCCUUCCUAAACGAGAUCUCCCUCGCCCUUAAGAAUCCCAAAGUGUUUGCUAGUCUGAAACCAGGAUCCAAAGGUUAGCGGUUGAGCGCGGCCCAGGUUUGCCGGACCAGUAACCAUGUUUUCCUCAUCGCUCUAACGGUCCCCAGAGGUCUUGGUUGGAGUUACCAUGUAUUCCUGCUUCUUUCACCGUCAGUGGGGGACGCAGAAUCCCCCCAGCUGGGCCACACACUUGGUGUGUAGUGGAUGUCAUUUGAGUUAAGAUCCAAAGAGUAAUCUGGGAAGUGCUUCUGGCUACUGAGUGUCUCUGUGGCCCAGCACAGCACCUUCUGCAUUUUCUCCUGUUUUCCCACAUUUCACGUGAACUGAGUAUUUAUUGUCCUUUCUUUUUACUUUCCAAAUGUUUUAUAUUGCUCUAAACAACAUGUUCUAAUGCAGUUCCAUAUGUCUCCACACCCCCUUCUUCUUGGAUGAGUUAAUUGGGAUGAGAUAUUAAACAGCCUUUUUAGAAUUAAGGACUGUACAUUUUCUAUCUCAAAUCAGCAGCUUAGCUUUGUUUUUGAUCUGUAAAUUAAUCAUUCUAAUGCCAACAGGCAUUAUGGGUGUGGAAUUUCUCAGUUAUUUGAAACUGAAGGUAAAUUGGAGUGCUAGCCUCUGGUCACGUUUUAGCUAUUCGGAAGACCCAUGGGGCAUGUUUCAUAGCCCUGGGUUCUUUUGGGGUGAUCUACACACUGACUGCAUGUAUUGUUGCUUUUAGGAAGUUUGGAUUUUUCACUGUUUUUAAGUCAGCAUCAGCCAGUAGCGGGGAUUUCUCCCGUCUUCAGCAUAUUAUCUGCUUGGCUCUCCAUUAUCACCUUCCUGCUGAAAUGUAUUUCGUGUUUGGCUCCACGCCCUGGUUAUUUUUAGGCUGAAAAGCAUGCAGUCUCAGUUUUUCAGACACUGUAGAUAUUCCCGAGACCUGGCCUACUUUUCUAAAACCAAAUGAAAUCUUGAUACUCUGUACUUGGCUAAAAAUCAAUUGUGCAUUCAGAAGACCUCUUCAUAGCUGAUUAAUCAACUCGGUACUUAAGCACAUCUGAACUCGGGCUUCCUGCCUGACUCCUCCAGAUUAUUUUUAGAAGCAGUGACACUUCUGAACACAUGCUGCCUUAACACUUUUCUCCAGAGGGUUUUCAUGGGAAGCAAGUAGAUCAGAAAAGGCGUGCUGGGCAGCGGAGGCCUUGACUCCCAGCUUGUUGGUUCAGGACAAAAAUAAGCCACAGAGAGUAACUGAGAGGUGACUAUUCGAUAGCCCCUUCCAAGUGUGUGUGCAGUAUCAAUGGCGGAAAUUCCGCUUCCCAAGAUUGCAGGAAUCUCUGCUAGGUUGGCAAGCGGGUAGCACUGGCAGAGACCAGAAAGCUCCCACCCCACCCUGAACCCCAAGAGAGACCCUCCCCACCUCAGCCUGGUCUUCUGGGGGUGGGGGAGGAGCACUCUGGUCUGUUUCCUGGAGGAGAACAUGUGUGUUCCUUUUCUUUUUUUUUUUCCUUUUGUUUUUUAACGUAAGUCCUGUGAUUUGUAAAAAGUCAGUUUGCUUUAAGUAGAAGUAGUGAUUUACUGUUGCAUUUAACUCACUCAGGUUCUCUGAAAAGCUGGACAGACUAUGUCAAUCUUACAUUUAAAAAAAUGGAAAACAAUUGGAAUUAAAAUGUCAUGUCAUUUUCCUUCCCCAUUGUGUUUUGCCUGGAUAACUGAAAUACAUAGUCUGGUGUGCAUGAACCCCCUCCUGCAGAACCACCAUUAGCCUUAACAAUGUGGUCUCCCGUGUACCUGAGAGUGGAGCUGGAGACGAGUAUAAAGGAAACACAUUAUUUAAAUAACUGUCCUCCCUAGAACAUAUUUGAAGUGUAUAUUUUGCUUUAAAACAUGUUUUGGUUCAAGCCAACAAAUGAAGUCAUUUUACUCAGAUUUGUCCUCUAAAACGAGAAAUGAAAUGACCUGUAAAGUCUGCGUUUUGCCAAUUAAAAGAAUAAAUGUGCAUAUUUUCACAGACUGCUCACUUUGAAAUUUGUUUCUAAAUGACAACUUGGUCAGUUCUUAGAGGGCGCCUGGAGUGUGGGUUAAUAAUUGAGUUUGCCCAGACCAAGAGUGCUUCAUUUUAGCAGGGUGAAUAGUUACAACUUUGUCCUCACUUGGGUACAGCUGAUAUCUGUGUCAUUUUAGGUAAUGUGUGACAAUAAUGCCUAAUUUUUCAUUCAGGGGCCAACAUCCUUUAUAUUCCUAGUAUUUGGGGGCAGAGAAUGCAUUUUCAAGAAGGAAGAGUUGGUCUAUCACCUCCAGGUGAUCUUUAAAAUACAUUCAGGUGCUGAGGUGGUAGCUCAGUAAUCACAAGCAGCUUCGCCUAAA